AUGGACGAAAACAAAUGCUCCCGUGGACUCAGGAUUUCAUACAGAGUUAUAGCCCUUGUAUUGAUUUCCUCCUAUACAGUAUGUGUGGCAGUGCUAGUUCCAGAUUACCACCAGGCUUUACCAUUUAUAUGUAUCACUUGUUUUGUGGCAUUCUGCCUAUGCUAUCACUAUGCCAAAAAUAAGUUUGGAGAACAAGUUUCUGAAACUUUUUCUAAAAUUUCUCCUCCAAUGGAGUGGAUGAAAUCAAGACAGUUUUCUAUUGGUUCUUACACAGUGGUUAUACUGGCCUGUAUAUGUUAUUUGGUAAUUAGUAACUUGAAUACCAUCGAGAACUUGAUAUCUAUCGCUGGAUUGGUGGUACUUAUAGGGGUAUCCUGGCUGAUUUCUUAUAACAGACGAAAGAUAAACUGGAGGCCAGUAAUAUGGGGUAUCGUGCUACAGAUGGUAUUAGGAUUACUCAUUCUAAGGACAGAGGCUGGGCGGAAAACGUUUUCUUUCCUAGGAAAGCAAGUAGAACACUUCCAGAGCCAUGUUUUAUCAGGAGUCAACUUUGUAUUUGGUGAAAAUUAUGGUGAUUUUGAAUUCAUAUUUAAGCUAAUGCCGACAGUAAUUUUCAUCAAUUCUGUAGUGUCCGUGUUGUAUCAUUUCGGUUUGAUGCAAAUGUUGGUGGAGAAAUUCGCAGUAGUUAUGCAUUUAACCCUGGGAACGACAGCUGCAGAAACUGUCUGUACGGCAGCUAGCAUGUUUCUUGGACAGCCCGAAGCAAGUUUUGCCAUCAAGCCAUAUCUCUCACUCUUAACUAAAUCAGAACUGUUCGCUAUAAUGACAGCUGGGUUUGCAUCUGUAUCAGCGGACAUUUUUGGACUGUUUGUAAUGUAUGGGAUAUCUUCAUCCCAUAUCUUAACAGCAGUGUUGAUGUCAGCACCUGCUGGUUUGGCUGUAUCUAAAAUAAUCUGUCCAGAAACCGAAGAAUCACAGACAAAAACAUGGCGCCAGAUAAAAAGUAUAAAUAGUAGAUCAGAAUCUGCAAACGUUAUUGAAGCUGCAGCAAAGGGCGCACAAGACGCCAUGUUUGUUGUAUUAACAGUAAUCGCUUGCCUUAUAUCAUUUCUCAGUAUUAUAUCUUUUAUUAAUGCCGUGUUGGCUUAUCUGGGUAGUCUGGUAAUGUUGCCAGAUCUCAGUUUAAAUCUCAUACUUUCAUAUGUGUUGAUGCCAUUAGUGUUCCUGAUGGGUGUACCAUGGAAAGAUUGUCAAAUAGUUGGUGAAGUUGUUGGUUUAAAAACUGUCGUAAAUGAGUUUGUUGGCUAUACCAGACUUGGCGAGUUUAUUAAAAUUAAUGCUAUAUCAACCAAGAGCCAAGUAAUUGCUACAUAUGCGUUAUGUGGAUUUUCUAAUCCAAUGACUAUGGGAGUAAUUGUAGGUGGAUUGAGUGUACUCAUACCAGAGAGAAAAAAUAUAGUCUCCGAAAUUGUUGUACGGACAUGGAUAGCUGGGUGCAUUUCAUGUUUUAUGACGGCUUGUUUUGCCGGUUUACUUUAUGACGAAUACAGUCAACCCAUACUUCACAACUCUACACUGACAUCAAAUUAUACAUUAACAACUGAUUUGUCAUACACCAAUGUAUUAAGUUAG